AUGACUUGCUUAAUUGAAGGCCAGGAGCCCUCACCUUCAGGAGAGUUCAUUCUGCUUGUGCUGCUUGAAGUCUUACAUUUUAAAAAGAUGAUUUUUGUCUUUUUGUUGCUCUCAGGUGUGAUUGUACAGAUUUCUCCUCUUGGGUUUAUAGAGCAGCCUCCACUGCAAUGUUCUCAGGCAGACUUAUCCUGCAGUGUCCAAGUAAGCAGGCCGAACUGUUCGGUUAAAGACUGGGUGAAGCCGAGAUCCGAGGCUCCAAGUCCACACCCCACUGUAGACUUCCAGGUGAAAUCCAAGGCAGAUGAGAGGAACGAAACAGUUCCUGUGUUGUCUCUCAUACUAACACAGUUGUCUGAUGCAAGCAUAUACAGCCUGCAGGGGAUGAAGGUGCAUGUGCUUGAAUUCACCACAAACAACAGUCUGUGUAUUAGCUAUAUCUUCAAGAGCAAUUUCUCCUGGAUUCAACGGCCAGACUUUGAGCCAUGGUCUUUUGCACUUGAUCAAAUUGUUGUUGAUCCAGGAAUGACAUAUCAGGUUUCAGUGUCUAAUUUACCAAAGCCAGAUGUGGGUGGACAUGCAAAAUUGCUAAAUAUAACAGUUCCAGGUUGUGGACAUCAUAAAUUCCAAAGCCUCCGUGUGUGCUUGGAGAACGGCAGCCUCUGGGAUCCCAACAUGACAUGGUCAGUGAGAGAUAACGGGGGAAAUGGGGUCAUGAUUGAACUGAUAUUUAAUACAGCACAGUUCUCUGACACGUACAGAGUAUACAUUCGUUCUGCUGAUUUCCACACCGAGCUGCCAUGCACAGUCUCAAAGGACAAUCGUACUUCAAUCAGCGUCAAUUUCUCUCUAAACGCUUGGCAGUUAAAACGCUGUGAGGUCUUCUUUGGGAUUAAACCAUUUUUUAUACGAUGCAUGGAAAAGUGUUCACAUCACCAACAAAAGGUUAAUAUUUGCUCCUAUUAUACCAUUCCAUCAACCAAGAGACAGCUCAUGGUUUGGACACUUCUUGGCCAAGCAGGACUGUUAUUCUGUGCGUUCACUGCUGUUUUCCUGUAUAACAGAAUUAGAGCCAUUCAUAAAGAGCCAUCUUCCUCUUCUCAUAACACCACGGACCAUAACACCAUGGGCAACCUGGAAACAGUUCCAGUACUAGAGUGCAGUAAGGUCCUGAUCAUCUACUCUCAGGACCACCCCAUGUAUACAGAGAUCGUCCUGAAGCUGUGUGCUUUCCUCAGGGCCAAAUGUGGAACUGAAGUCACACUCGACCUGCUGGACUCUACAUGCCUCAGCACUAUAGGCAGCCUCCAGUGGCUGGAUAUGCAGAGGAAGAGACUCACCAAUACUUCUGAUAAAAUACUCAUCUUGUGUUCUCCGGGGGUGUGUGCCAAGUGGAAUGCCAUGUGCGGAGGGCGCAGGGUGAUGACCCGGGAGGAUGCCUGUUCACCCAUGGGGGAUAUGCUGACCCUGGCUCUCAGCCUCAUCAUACCAGAAUUUGUGCGUGCUCCGUCUUUUGGGAAGUACGCUGUAGCUUACUUCAGUGACGUGUGCAGUGAGAAGGAUGUACCUGCUGUGUUUCAUGUGGCUGUAAAUUACCAGCUGAUGAAGCAAUUUGAAGAGCUCUUCUUCAGACUCCUGAACAAGGAGAAGUAUGAACCUGGAAGGAUUAAACACAUUGAUGGCCUUGGAGGAGAUGACUACCACAGUUGUCCAUCUGGCAGAGCCUUAAGAGAUGCCAUUAAGGCAUUUCAGGAAUACCAACUAACAAACCCAAACUGGUUUGAAAUGGAGCUCGUAGAUGUACAUGAAGAAGUUGAGGAGAAUGACCUUGAGCAGGAGGACGGUACAGAAAACAACUGUUAUUGCAUCUUUCAGAAUGAACUGCAGAUCAAGGAAAUCUCGUGUCAGCUCCUGUACUCACAAGCACUGUCAAAGGUCAAAUGCAUGAGGCAAAGCAGCUUGUAAUAUCUGAAACAGCACUCAGCUUGAGUACUCAUUGCACAUGAAAGAAAGUGUGUCAAUCACACAUGAAAGAAAGACAAAAGAAGAACAGAUAACAAUAGCGUUACGACAGCCUUCUGCAUUAACAUGAUAUGAAUCACUCUGAAGCAAAGUAAAGGUUAUAGAUAGAUAGAUAGAUAGAUAGAUAGAUAGAUAGAUAGAUGUACUUACUUUAUUGAUCCCCAAGCGGAAUUUUGGGGGAAUUUUUUUCACGAUGGAUAAACAUUUCAGUGGCCAAUAAUCAUACUGGAUUAAAACAUCACACUGAUGUCAUAAAUAUAUUUUUCUAAAGAUGUCAAGAAUUCAGAAUAUAAAUCCCAUUGAAAAUACCUCAGCAUAGGUGGAAAUACAUUAAUACCACUGGAACGUUUUUUUGAUGAUUAAUGAAAAUGUUUUCAGCAGUAAGUAAUCAUACUGAGAAUAAAUAUAUUCAAGGUUACUGAAUUAAAAUGUAGAAAUCUAGACUCUGGAGUAUUUAGGCACAGUGUGAUUUUUUGCAAGCAUGCAAGCAAUAAACGAAUAAAUAAAAGAGAUGGCACAGAGCUGAUACUCAGGAAUGGUAUUGGGUAUUCCUGGUAUACCAGCGAAAAUGGAGGGAAUUAUUAUUAUUAUUAUUAUUAUUAUUAUUAUUAUAUUUUUGUAACU